CACAACAUUGAAUAAAAAUGUGAUUAAAAAAUAUGUUCUACCUAAAAAUUAAAAAGACACGUGGCAACACCGGAAUGUAACGCCAAAAACAAUCGUACAGGUUAUGUUUACGAAUCAAAUUGAAACGUUUUUCGAAAGUCCACCCGAAAAUGGACUCCGACGAUAAUGUGUACAGAUUAGAAGGCAGCAGUGGCGGCGAAAGGGGCGGUCUGAUAGUCAAAAAGAAAACUCCCUCUUUCAAAGUGCCGCAGCCGUCUCGUUUAGGUUUGGACCGACUAGCAGCCGCUAAACGCAAAGAAAAAGAGGAUGUGGCCCGUAAAAUGUCGUUCGCGAUCGACGACGAAGAAGGACACAGUGAAAGUGCCACUUUCAAGAAAGAUGCCGUUCCCAAGGACAGAAAAUUCAGGUCACCGCACCAAGAAACCCCCACGUACACGGGAGGAAUAACAGCCGAGGCCAGGGACCGGAUGAUCGAGAGGCUUAAUUCGAACAAGAGUAAGGAGAAAGGUGUGUACGCUACCACGAAACACAAGAAAAGUCACAAGGACUCGCAUCAUGACAGGCAUAGGGACCGAGAUUACAAAGACAGGGAUCACAGGGACAGAGAUUACAAAGACAGGGAUCACAGAGACAGACACAGAGAUCGCGACCGUGACAGGCGUGAUAGGAAGAGGGACAGGAGUGAACGAAGCUGUAGGAGUGAAAGGGAGACUGUCAGAAGUGACAGAUCGCCCUCAUUCAGAGAUGAGCCUAAAACUCCUGCACAUGGUAAGGCUGACUUCUCUAAAACAUCUUGGGACGAGGACGACGAAGUGCCCGUUAAAAAAUCCUCCUGGGAUUUCCCCACACCCUCCUCAUAUAAAUCGGGCUCCGAUUGGUCGGAGCGUAGCAGAAGAAGUGAAGACAGGGAUUGGUACAAGAGUGCCAGGAAGAAGUAUGAAGAUGACACACCUAGGCCCACGCCAGCGCAUAAGUUUAACAGUUGGAUGAAGGAUAGGAAACGAUCGGGUGCUACUCCUGGGGUUAACAAGGAUGAGCCAGUCAAAUGGGACAACACAGUUGACAGAGAAAUGUGGGAGGAGGAGCAGAAGAGGCUGGAUCGAGAAUGGUACAACAUGGAUGAAGGUUAUGAUGAUGAGAACAAUCCGUUCUCGAGUGUGAGCGAGGAGUACACGAAAAAAAAGGAAGAGCAACUGGAACAAAGGAAGAAAAAGAGAAUGUCAGCUCAGCAGAGACAGAUAAACAAAGACAACGAACUGUGGGAAAGGAAUAGAAUGUUAACGUCUGGCGUCGUUCAUUCCGUAGACUUCAACGAAGACUUCGACGAAGAAUCGAUCGAUCGGGUGCAUCUCCUGGUUCACAAUAUCGUUCCUCCGUUCCUGGAUGGACGAAUUGUGUUUACAAAGCAGCCAGAGCCUGUCAUUCCCGUCAGAGAUCCGACGUGCGACAUGGCGAUGGUAGCAAGGAAAGGUUCCCACUUGGUCAGAGUAUACAGGGAACAAAAGGAGAGGAGGAAGGCACAGAAAAAGCAUUGGGAGUUAGGUGGAACAAAAAUCGGUAAUAUAAUGGGUAUUAAAAAGAAAGAGGACGAAGAAGACGCGAGGUACAACAAAGAAGAUGACAGUGCGGAUUACAAAACGGAUCAGAAAUUUGCUGAACACAUGAAAACGACUGGCGAAGCCGCUAGUGAAUUUGCCAGAAAGAAAACUAUAUCAGAACAGAGGCGGUUUUUGCCCGUGUUUGCAGUUAGACAAGAACUGCUGAACGUUAUUCGUGAAAACUCAGUUGUAAUUAUAGUCGGUGAGACAGGAAGCGGUAAGACUACGCAGUUGACGCAGUACUUGCACGAAGACGGUUACAGUAAAUACGGGAUGAUUGGUUGUACCCAACCGAGAAGAGUGGCUGCCAUGUCGGUUGCUAAACGUGUCAGCGACGAAAUGGGCACACAACUCGGCGAUGAAGUUGGUUAUGCAAUCCGUUUUGAGGACUGCACGUCCGAAAAUACGGUCAUAAAAUAUAUGACAGAUGGUAUUUUGCUGAGGGAGAGUCUUCGGGAGCCAGAUUUGGACCAUUACAGUGCCAUUAUUAUGGACGAGGCCCAUGAAAGGUCCCUCAGCACUGACGUUUUAUUCGGUUUGCUCAGAGAGAUUGUUUCGAGACGUCAUGACCUAAAGCUAAUAGUAACGUCGGCGACAAUGGACUCGAGUAAAUUCUCGAUGUUCUUCGGCAACGUCCCCACGUUUACAAUACCCGGAAGGACAUUCCCCGUCGAAACGUUGUUCAGCAAAAACGCUGUCGAGGAUUACGUAGACUCGGCCGUAAAACAAGCCCUGCAAAUCCAUCUACAGCCACCUUCAGGGGACAUUUUAAUUUUCAUGCCUGGUCAGGAGGACAUUGAAGUCACAUGUGAAGUACUUAGUGAGAGACUGACAGAAAUCGAGAACGCACCCCCCUUAUCAAUUCUUCCUAUUUACUCCCAACUGCCGUCAGAUUUACAGGCGAAAAUUUUCCAGCGCUCCCCGGAAGGUAUAAGAAAAUGUGUCGUCGCCACAAAUAUCGCCGAAACGUCACUCACUGUGGAUGGUAUAAUUUUUGUAAUUGACUCGGGCUAUUGCAAACUAAAAGUUUACAAUCCUAGAAUCGGUAUGGAUGCGCUUCAGAUUUAUCCAAUAAGUCAAGCCAACGCUAACCAAAGAUCGGGAAGAGCCGGUCGUACCGGUCCCGGACAAGCAUUCCGUCUCUACACCGAAAGACAAUACAAGGACGAACUCCUGAUAACAACGGUACCCGAAAUCCAGAGGACAAAUCUUGCAAAUACCGUUCUUUUGUUAAAAUCUUUAGGUGUGCAGGACCUGUUACAGUUCCAUUUCAUGGAUCCACCACCUCAAGACAACAUUUUGAAUUCGUUGUAUCAGCUAUGGAUUCUGGGGGCGUUGGAUCACACGGGAGUUCUAACGCAGCUAGGUCGACAGAUGGCUGAGUUUCCACUCGAUCCUCCGCAAUGUCAAAUGUUGAUUGUUUCUAGUAAAAUGGGAUGCACUGCGGAAAUAUUGAUUAUCGUAUCCAUGCUUUCUGUUCCGUCCAUAUUUUACCGGCCCAAAGGCCGGGAAGAAGAGGCUGACGGUGUUAGGGAGAAGUUUCAAGUACCUGAAAGUGAUCACUUAACUUACCUCAACGUCUACAACCAAUGGAAGCAGAAUAAUUAUUCUUCACACUGGUGCAACGAACACUUCAUCCACAUAAAAGCAAUGCGAAAAGUGCGAGAGGUGCGACAACAAUUGAAGGACAUCGUAAUCCAACAAAAACUAGAAAUACAAUCGUGCGGAAGUGACUGGGAUAUAGUGAGAAAAUGUAUUUGCUCCGCCUAUUUCCACCAAGCGGCAAGACUUAAGGGCAUCGGCGAAUACGUGAAUUGUCGUACUGGUAUGCCGUGUCAUCUGCAUCCGACUUCCGCCCUCUUUGGCCUAGGCAACACACCCGAUUACGUGGUGUACCACGAGCUUGUGAUGACGGCCAGGGAGUACAUGCUUUGCGUUACGUCAGUAGACGGUCAUUGGUUGGCGGAGUUGGGUCCGAUGUUCUUCUCUUUGAAAGAGACAGGAAAGUCGGGUAGGGAGAAGAAGAAGCAGGCCGCAGAACACUUGCAGGAAAUGGAGAACCAGAUGCAAGUGGCUCAGGAGGAGAUGAAGGCAAGGAAGGAGGCGGCUGAUAAAAGAGAUGCGGCUCUUAAUAAAGGGCAAGAAAUUAUUUCGGCAGGGGCUACACCAAGGAGGACGCCAGCCAGAUUUGGGCUGUAGAUUUUAUUUGAGAAAAGUGUUGUAAUAUAAUAUGUAAAUAAAAAAUAUUGUUUACAAAUAAUAUCUUGUUUCAGUGGGAUGAAGAACUGUUGUUAUAAUGUUCUGGCAGUUGUUGGCAGCCUGGACUGCAUUUCCAAAAGCACAUACUUAGCAAAUCUAAUAGUUUGUUAGUUGAUGGAAAUCUUCUCCCUGAAAAUGUAACAUUAAUUAAAAUUAAAUAUUAUAACAGUUAA